GAAAGGUCGGUCAUUGCUCAGUGAGGCAUGCAAGCUCGCGUGCAUCAACAUCUCAUUCUAGAAAGUGCGGCAUUCUCUGCUGCUCUGGCGCGAGCUCUUGGAUAGGCUCCCUGAACUCCCUUGAUAUCGGCAGCACAGCAACGUUUGAAGCCUGCGCACACAACACACACCACGACACAUGCGGCUCACCACACCCACCUUUGCUCACUUACCCCGACCGUCACGCCGUCGGAUGUGGAGAUCCGGCCAUCGCCCUGCCUAGCUGAUACGGUCUCCAACUCAUGAUACAGCAGCUUGCCGCUGUUCUCCACCUCAUCAUCACCUCCUUCCCUGAGGUGCUGUGACCCCUUCCAUGAGGGGCUCCCUCCUUUUUUCCCAAACCACUCUGUGGGAGGAAUGUACCACGGCGUCUGCCUACUGGGCGACACGGUCGGGGAGUGGGCCGGGGACUGCGAGGCUUUCCGGGCCGGAGCGGACUUGGGGGAUGUGUCCAUUGGCGAUAGCUUGCCGGCGAAGGAGACACGAGUGGUCUUCUUCUUUGACGCUCGUGUGGAUGGCUGGGGUUUGCCCUUCUUCUCUCUCUUCUUCUCUGUGCCAGCUGCUGCCUUCGAGCGCGGAACGAUAGGAAUCGUCAGCUGUCCGUCUUCGCCGUGCUCUGCUUCCUCUGAAGCUUUGGCAGCCGAUGGCGCUGCUUGCUGCGUCACCGUUGCAGACAGCCUUGGGAGCAGACUCGGGACGAUGGUGCCGUUGGCGAUCUCCUCCAACACCCAACCUGCACUCAGCGACCCCAGCGGGAAGAGCAGGGCAGUACAAACAUGUUUGUGCAUCGACACAGUGAUACAUCCAGGCACACAUAUUGAUGCCGACCGACCUAGGGGGUCGUCUUCUGUGAUCUCCCUGACUUUUAUGUCAGCGAUGAACAGGGGCUGGGGGCCGGCCAAUGCCUCCGUGGCAGCCUGGACGACCGGCAGGGUGCGCUGCUUCCGGAAUAUAUCGGACGGGAGGAACAAACGCGUUGACGGUGAGUCGGCGUCAGCGAUAUUCCUGCAGACGUGGAUAGACAGACAGACAGCCAGGCGCGACGCAUACAUGCAUAGCUCCUCCUUUGCACACGCAGUCCUCACUUGGUGACGCGUUUGAAAGAUGCAUUGAUGACGUCUUCAGGUUUCAGGAAGGCCCUCUCUCUUUUUUCGAGCCCACUCGAAGUCUCUCCGUCAUCCGCCUCUUCCCUCACGACGGGCAGCAGGAAGUGCUGAAGGGGCUCUCCCUGGUCGUCGAAGCUCGACCAUCUGGACGUCGCCAUGGACG